GAGAGCGCACGGUGAGAUAUAUAUACCGACUAUAUUUGGGAGCUCUGAACGCGGUUUCCUUCACUCACACAAUUGGUCCAGGAUCAGUAUUUAUUAGGUAGGAGGCGCUCCUGCCAGACACUCUUUGUUCAUGACUCUGGAAGUUCACUCGAGGGAAAAGCGCACCGACGUUUGACAUCGCUUCAGGAGCAAGUGCAGCAACACAGAAGAAAACUACAACUCAAUACGAGCCGUGACACUUGGAAAUGGCUUUACCUUGCCUUUUGCCUUCGAUUUCAACGUUUGCACACCACAAGGACAAAUUUUGGGAGGAUAGGUGGAGAAGUGAGGAGGACAAACCGGUGAUGGGCAGCUGCCCUCCGCUCAACGUGGCACAGAACAUGGACACAUGUCGUGUCCGCAAGGACGACGAGGAUCUGAGCAAUUAUCUGGACCUGGAGUUUAUCCUGGCCAACACAACAGGACCUCUCGAGGCAGGAGCCGAAUACGUGUCUCACGCGGAGCCAUGUGGCCUGUACUCGACGGGAGCGUACGCGUCUCCGGAUCCCCCUCCGUACGGGAACAGCCUCAUGGCCGAGCUUCUGAGAUCCGACAUGGACAACACCUACGACGGCACGUUUCAGGGAAGAUUCGUCAUCAACUCCACUGGGUUCCCCAGACAGGACUUUGUUGAUAUCAAAGUGGAGCCGCCGAUGGACGGUUACGGGCCGGUGAUGGGAAUGGUGCCGCAAAGCUGCCAAAAAAUCAAACAAGAGGGCAACAUUUCAUGCAUGAUGUCUUUCGAGCAACCCAGACUGGCCGUUUCUCCGCAGGCGACGGGGAAUAUGACGCCCCCGUUGAGUCCGGAAGACUCCCACCUGAGGCAAUCCGUGUUUCCUCAGGGUUACCAUCACUCGCCGGCGCCCUACGCUCAAAUGCAACUCCCCUACACGGCGCCGCACCAGUUCGGCAUGUUCGACGAGCCCAUCGGGAUGCAACCCAACAUGCAACGGGCUCUCCUGACCCCGCCAUCCUCCCCGCUGGAGCUGCUGGAGUCCAAACCCAAGCGAGGGCGACGCACCUGGCCGAGGAAGCGCACCGCGACACACACCUGCACCUUCGCCGGCUGCGGGAAGACGUACACCAAGAGCUCGCAUCUGAAGGCACAUCACCGAACACACACCGGUGAGAAACCGUACCACUGCAACUGGGAGGGAUGCGGAUGGAAAUUCGCCCGUUCCGAUGAGCUGACGCGUCACUUCCGAAAACACACGGGCCACCGGCCGUUCCAGUGCCAUCUGUGUGAGCGCGCAUUCUCCCGCUCGGACCACCUGGCCCUGCAUAUGAAGAGACACCUGUGAGGACUGGAUCCACAAACACACAACUGCCUUAUUUAAUGACUUUAAGACAAUCGCCUGUUGUCCGUAAAGAUAUAUAUAUCAUCAUACUUUUGUAACAAAGUAGCUGGUACUACAUAGAUUACGCAGAGCUCUUUUUUGAAAGAAAAAAAAGGUCUUUUUGGGUAAAACAAAGUAUCCUGAAGGGCUGGUCCUAUGAAUCUGUGUGUAUGUUUAACAGUGCCUUUCUGAAGCCACGAAGAGUGCAACGCCUGACGACUAGCAAACCUCCAGUGGGAAAUGCACGAUGACAAUGUUUUGCUCUUGAAACUGCCUUGCAACAAACAGAGCUGUGUGUUCAAAUG